AUGGCGGAGGACCCAAAGAGCGUACCCAUCUCCACUGGCGAGAUACCUGAUCGAGGCGUCAGUGAUACAGACGACUCGGACAGGGAGAAUCUGAGCCAGACUCGCCUGAAGGAGAGCACGUUCAAUUCGACAGAGGAUCCUCGCUUUUACCGACCGAUCGAUAGCUAUGAGGGACUGCAUCGCUGGGACCCGUACUUUGACUGGACGGAGGACGAGGAGAAGAAGAUCGUGCGCAAGAUCGACCUACGAGUCUGCACCUUUGCCUGCGUCACCUUCUUCGCACUGCAGCUGGACCGGGGAAACAUUGGCCAGGCCCUGGCAGACACCCUGCUUGAAGACCUCAACAUGACCAGCAACGACUACAACACCGGCCAGACCAUCUUCCUCUGCUGCUUUCUCUUCGCCGAGAUGCCCUCGCAGUUGAUCUCCAAGCGUCUCGGCCCCGACCGCUGGAUCCCCAUCCAGAUGGUCGCAUGGAGUCUCGUCGCAGCCUGCCAGGCCUUCCUCAAAACCCGCGAAGCAUAUCUCGGCCUGCGCGCCCUCCUCGGCCUCCUCGAGGGCGGCUUCAUCCCAGACACAAUCCUGUUCCUGUCCUUCUUCUACAAAUCCAGCGAGCUGCCCAAACGCCUCACCUGCUUCUGGGUCUCAUACACCCUCACCGGCAUCAUCGGCGCCUUCCUGGCCUUCGGCUUCCUGCACAUCAAAGACUCCUCCGGCGGCGGCUCGUGGCGCUACCUCUUCGCAUACGAAGGCCUCAUCACCGGCGUUCUCGGCAUCAUCGCCGCAUUCUGGAUGCCCGCCUCGCCCACGCAAACCAAGGGCGGCUUCCGCGGCAAGGACGGCUGGUUCAGCGAGCACGAGGAGAAAAUCAUGGUGAAUCGCGUUAUCCGCGACGAUCCCAGCAAGGGCAGCAUGCACAAUCGCCAGGCCGUCACCCCGCGUCUCUUCUGGCACAGCCUGAAGGAUUACCACAUGUGGCCGAUCUACCUGCUCGGCCUCAUCUGGAUGAUCCCCACAACGCCCGCGCAGAACUACCUCACCCUGCAGCUGCGGUCGCAGGGGUUCACGACCUUUCAGACGAAUCUGCUGACGAUCCCCUCGGCUGUGGUUUCGAUUAUCACAAUGGUGGUGACGACCUGGGCCGCGGAACGCACCAAGCAGCGCCUCCUGUUCGGCGUCGGCGUCGAGAUCUGGUGUCUUGUGCUGCUGAUUGCCCUGGAGACUCUACCGGAACGGAGCAUGCCGUGGCCGCGCUGGGCGAUUCUGACCCUCCUUGUUGGCGCGCCGAGUGUGCAUCCUGUUGUUGUGGCGUUGACGUCGCGCAAUGCGGGCUCGGUGCGGACGCGCACUGUUGCGUCGGCGCUGUAUAAUAUGUCUGUGCAGGUUAGCAGUAUUGCUGGUGCCAAUAUCUACCGCACUGAAGACGCGCCAUACUAUAAGCAGGGGAACAGGGUGCUGAUUGCGCUUGCGGUGGCCAGUAUGUUCCUCUUUACUGCGGCGAAGCUAUACUAUGACUGGCGAAAUCGGCAAAAUGCUGCGAAAUGGAAUGCCUUGACGGGCGAGCAGAGAGAGGCGUAUCUACGUGAAAACACGGUCAUGAACAAUAAAAGGAUUGAUUUUACAUUCGCUUCGUAG